AUGGAGAUGCGCCUCGUUCUCGUGGCGGUCUGCCUUCUUCUCGUCACCCCUAUCGCCGGCUCUUUCUGGACCGUUGGAAAUCAGGUGGUGAUGGACCCGAUGCUCAUCUGCAAGAAAACUAGAAGACUGAGGGGCAAGAUGGCGGACAUUUGUCGCAAGGAGCCCUCGUUGCUGAAGGAAAUCGCGAGGGGCGUGCAGGUCGGGACCAGGGAGUGUCAGUAUCAAUUCCGUAACCGCAGGUGGAACUGCACCACCAUCAGGAGGUCCUUGCGGAAGAUUUUACUGAGGGACACAAGAGAGACAGGAUUCGUGAACGCCAUCACCGCGGCCGGGGUCACAUACGCCGUCACCAGGGCCUGCACCAUGGGACACCUGGUCGAAUGUUCCUGCGACAAAAUGACAUCGAAAGGUAAUCGUCUCAGCAAAUACAUCCGUACCGCGGAAAUCGAGAAGAGUCUGCCGACCGAGGGUGACUGGGAAUGGGGUGGAUGCGGGGACAACGUGAAGUUCGGAUUCAAGAAGUCGCGGGAAUUCAUGGACGCGCCUUACAGGAAGCGCAGCGACAUCAAGACGCUGGUCAAGCUUCAUAACAACGACGCUGGUCGUCUGGCCGUCAGGGAUUUUAUGAGGACAGAGUGCAAAUGCCACGGUCUAUCGGGCUCGUGCACGGUUCGCACCUGUUGGCGAAAAAUGCCGCCGUUCCGUGACGUGGGAAAUCGGCUGAAGGAGUCGUUCGACGGGGCCGCGAAGGUGAUACCGAGCAACGACGGUCACAGCUUCAUCACCGAGGGACCGACCAUCAAGCCGCCGGAUCGGUUCGAUUUGAUCUACAGCGAGGAUUCCCCCGAUUUCUGCAAAUUGAACAGAAAAACGGGCUCGUUGGGCACACAGGGACGCCGUUGCAAUUCCACCAGCCCUGGCGUCGACGGCUGCGAGUUGCUCUGCUGCGGCAGAGGAUACGACACUCGGAUCGUCAAGGAGAAGAUAAACUGCGAGUGCAGGUUCCGUUGGUGCUGCGAGGUCACGUGCAACACCUGCCUGGACAAGAGAACGAUCAACACUUGUCGUUGA